AUGAUGCCCAGGCGACCGCAUCUCGAACUGUUCAACCCCGUCCUUCCCAAUGCUGACCACAUAAGCUUCAACUGGUUCCCCCAGCUGCCAGCGGAAAUACGCCACCUCGUAUGGAAGCACGCUCUCCGGCGUCAUCGCAUGAUUCAUGUCAUUCUCGGGAGGCGAGUGGAAAGAGGACAUGGCAAUGAAGCCAAGGGUGCCGAACGAUACUCCCUCUGUAACGGUCGGGGCCUGUCCAUCAGCGGGAACCACUACGACGUGGUGAUCCUAGAUAGAUACGCUCUCCUCCCUGAGAAUAUCAUGCUGGUUAACAAGGAGGCGCGAGACGCUGUCCUGUCAUUCUACCCGGUACAAGUGCCCUGCCAACGCAGGCUCGGCUUAGAAGUCAAAUCCAAGACCCAAUAUAAAGACUCGGUUCUCCGCUUGAACUUCGACUGGGACUACCUCAGAAUCACGGCCGCGCAUGCAUUUCCCUAUUUUUUCGACUUCCUCCACGACCUCCGCGCCCACGACCCCCGCGGCCGCGGCCUCCAGCAUCUAGUCGUGGAAGACAACUGCUUCCGCGCGCCCGGGGUGACGUCCUUUUCGCCUGCCUCGCUCGAUGCCCGCGCUCUCGUGGCUUUUAAAGAAACACUCACGAACCUCAAAACCGUCUGGUUCAAGAACACACCCCGCGGCGGCCGCACUCUCGAUGUGCUGACCUGGAUGCAUGUUAACGCCUUCAACUACGGCUUCCCCGUGUUUCCGACCUUCACCUUCUUCGACUCCCCGGUCAAGGACCCGCGAAACAUCUCCCGCGAUCUGCGGAAAGUCAGCGGCAGCACGUCUGACUGGCGCGAGUGGCCCCUUGGAUGGAGGACUCUUCUGCGCAGACUCGGUAUUCGCCCUGAGGACGUCGAGGAGAAUGCGGGUGUCGACGUCCGCAUGAUGAUCGCCUCGGACCGGCAAGACGAGGUCCGCACCCGCGAAGACGCCGCGCGGGUCCUGCACGAGGAGGACUUUGAAUGGCUGCAGCUGCAAUGGUGGUUCCGCGGGUGGGACCGCCCGCAGCCAGGGGGCGGCGGCGGUGGGGAUCGGCCGGCCGGGUGCUUCGCAACGGCGUCCGGGCUGCAGCCGGGUCUACCGGAGCUCGACGGUCCCGAGAUCCUGGCGGCGGCGCCACCGCCGGCGCUUGGGUUUUGGUUGUUCCCCGUCGAGGCGUUUGGUGAGAUUUCCGACGACAGGGAUCCCGGUUCGUGGAUCAGGUCAAAGGGUGUUUUCGACUUGAGUUCGCACUGGCCCGACCUGGCGCUGGUAGAUGUGUUAUGA